CCAUUAGGCUAUACCAUGCUCCGAGCCUUUAGUCACACAAAUGGUAGGUGUGUGUUCCAUCAUGCUAAGUGUUGGCAUCAUCGUAAGUCUGUGCUGGCAAUCAGGAGGGAAGACGUUAAUGCAUGGGAAAGAAGAGCACCACUAGCACCAAAGCAUGUUAAGGAGUUGACACAAAUGGGAUAUAAGGUCUUAGUUCAGCCAUCCAACCGGAGAGCCAUCCAUGAAAAGGAUUAUGUCAAAGCAGGUGGCAUUAUUCAAGAAGAUAUUUCUGAGGCUUCUCUGAUAGUAGGUGUGAAGAGACCUCCAGAGGAAAAAUUAAUCCCUAAAAAGAACUACGCCUUCUUCUCUCACACUAUUAAAGCCCAAGAAGCAAACAUGCCCCUUUUGGAUGAGAUUCUAAGACAGGAAAUUCGACUGUUUGACUAUGAAAAAAUGGUUGAUCAUAAAGGAAUGCGAGUUGUGGCCUUUGGAAAGUGGGCUGGUGUAGCAGGAAUGAUCAACAUUCUACAUGGAUUGGGAUUACGAUUUUUAGCCCUGGGACAUCACACUCCUUUCAUGCACAUCGGGAUGGCACAUAACUACAGGAGCAGCAGUCAGGCUGUGCAGGCAGUACGGGAUGCUGGGUAUGAAAUUUCACUGGGAUUGAUGCCAAAGUCAGUUGGGCCCUUAACAUUUGUGUUUACAGGCACUGGUAAUGUUUCUAAGGGAGCUCAAGAAAUGUUCAAUGCCCUCCCAUGUGAGUUUGUGGAACCACAUGAGUUAAAAGAAGUUUCCAGAUCUGGAGACCUCAGAAAAGUCUAUGGAACAGUGUUAAGUCGUCACCAUCAUCUUGUAAGGAAACGUGAUGGGCUGUAUGAUCCAGCAGACUAUGAUAAACAUCCAGAACUUUAUACUUCACGCUUUAACAUUGAUAUUGCACCCUACACAACUUGUUUAAUUAAUGGCAUAUACUGGGAACAACAUACUCCUCGCUUGUUAAGUCGACAGGAUGCUCAGAAGCUGCUGGCGCCAGUUAGGUCUUCUACUGGUGCAUCGGAGGGCUGUCCUGAAUUACCACACAAACUUAUAGCAAUAUGUGACAUUUCAGCAGACACUGGAGGAUCUAUAGAAUUUAUGACAGAGUGUACAACGAUUGACAGCCCAUUUUGUAUGUAUGAUGCUGACCAGCACAUUAUACAUGACAGUGUUGAGGGCUCUGGGAUUCUGAUGUGUUCCAUUGACAAUCUGCCAGCACAGCUUCCCAUAGAAGCAACAGAGUACUUUGGCGAUAUGCUUUUCCCUUAUAUUGAAGAGAUGUUGUUAUCAGAUGGCUCAGAACCUCUUGAACGCCAGAACUACUCAUCUGUUGUUCGAGAUGCAGUGAUUGCAUCCAAUGGCUCACUGACAGCGAAGUAUCAAUAUAUCCAGAAAUUGAGGGAGAGCAGGGAACAUGCACAGUCAUUGAAGAUGGGUAAUAAGAAGAGAGUUUUAUUGCUUGGAUCUGGAUAUGUUUCUGGCCCUGUACUUGAAUAUCUCAGUAGAGAUUCCAGCAUUGCCAUCACAGUUGCCUCUGUCAUGAAGGAACAACUUGAACAACUGAUGAAAAAACACAGCAAUGUUACUUCAAUUCAUAUGGAUGUCAUUAAGGACGAGGAAAAGCUGUCCUCUUUAGUGAAGAAACACAACCUUGUGAUCAGUUUGCUGCCUUAUUCAGCACAUCCCUUGGUUGCUAAGAAAUGUAUUGACAACAAAGUGAACUUGGUAACAGCCAGCUACUUAACACCAGCUAUGAAAGAACUCCAGGAGAGUGUAGAAGCUGCUGGUAUUACAGUUGUCGGCGAAAUGGGUUUGGAUCCUGGUCUUGACCAUAUGUUGGCAAAGGAAUGUAUUGACAAGGCAAAAGAAGUUGGUGCUACGGUUGUAUCCUACACUUCUUUCUGCGGUGGCCUGCCAGCUCCGGAGCACUCUGACAAUCCUCUGAGAUACAAGUUCAGCUGGAGCCCACAAGGAGUGUUGCUGAAUACAGUUCAGUCUGCUACGUAUUUAAAAAACGGAGAGAUUGUCAAUAUUCCAGCUGGAGGAGCAUUACUUGAUUCUGUUACUCCGAUGGAUUUUUUCCCAGGAUUAAAUCUCGAAGGUUUUCCUAACAGAGACAGUACAAAAUAUGCUGAGCCAUAUGGUAUUCAGACAGCUCACACUUUAUUGAGAGGCACCUUAAGAUACAAAGGAUACUCUAAAGCUAUGGAAGGCUUUGUAAAACUAGGAUUAAUUAACCCAGAUCCUUAUCCUUUGCUAAGCUCAACCACGCAACCUCUUACCUGGAAAGAGCUCAUGUGCAAACUGGUUGGAAUUGAGUCACCUGCUGAGUACCAUGUUCUUAAAGAAGCUGUGUUUAGCAAACUGGAAAAGGACAAAACUCAGAUGGAGGCAGUGGAAUGGCUAGGUUUAUUGGGAGAUGAACCAGUUCCAGAAGCAGAUUCAAUUGUGGGGGCUCUUGCAAAGCACAUGGAGAUGAAGCUGCCCUUUGGCACUGGAGAGAGAGAUAUGAUUGUUAUGAGAAAUGAAAUAGGUCUCAGGCAUCCUUCUGGUCAUUUGGAAGACAAAUUUAUUGAUCUAGUUGUCUAUGGUGAUAACAACGGAUAUUCUGCAAUGGCUAAAACAGUAGGAUACCCCACAGCUAUUGCUGCUAAGAUGAUUCUAGAUGGUGAAAUAGAUGCUAAAGGCAUGGUUACACCAUUGACUAAGAAUGUUUAUGGACCAAUACUUGAACGUGUUCGGGCAGAAGGCAUUGUGUACAGUACUCGUAGUGUUAUCAAACAGUAA